ACCGACCAUCUCCACAUCACUUGUUGUCUGCAAACCACGAUGCCGCACGGCUGCCUCCGAAAUUCAAAACCGGUCCUGAUGGUCCUGGUGCUGGCGCUCGGUUUUGCCGCAGCCAAACCAGCGCUUGCCCGCAGCAUCUCCUCGGCUCACCGCAACCCAGCCCUUGCUGUCCAGGAUCUAUCUGGCCACGAGUCCGGACCAACCCUCGGCGACACCAUUGCCGGGCAACACAGCAUCGAGGACUGCAAUGCACUGGAUCCACGACCGGCUCCGCCGAGCAGCGUUCAUGAUUUGCGUCCGGACGACAUCCGGGUCGUGGCGGCCCUGGGCGAUAGCAUUACGGCUGGCUUUGGGGCCAAGGGACGCACAUCCAAGAGCCCGAUAUCGCUCAAGACGAUCUAUGAAAACAGAGGAGUAUCGUUUUUCAUCGGAGGCGAUCCGGAUGCCAAAACAGUGAGCCGGUUCAUCCAACACUAUCGGCCGUCGCUGGUGGGAUACAGCCAUGGCGACCACCUUGCUGAGCUUUGCUAUGGACCGCUCUGUCCACCAUAUCAAUACCAUCGCCCAAACGACGAGCUCAAUGCGGCGCAGAGUGGUGCCAUGGUGAUGAAUCUGCAUCAGGAGCUCGACCACCUUAUCCAAGAAAUGGAGCACAAUGACGACAUUGACAUGGACCACGAUUUCAAGCUGCUCAACAUCUUCAUCGGCAGCAACGAUGCGUGCUUUGGGUGCGACUUGGCAUCGGAAACGACAUGGCUGUCGCCUGCCGUCUACGAAGAGCACAUGCGGGCUUUGCUCGGCAAGAUCCGGCGCAAGAUUCCACGAACCAUCGUCAAUAUUGUGCAGCAGUUCAACAUUUCUCAGGUCUGGGACCUGACUCACGGCAACGACUACUGCAAUCAGCUGCGUGACGAAGGACGCACAUUUGAGUGCAAAUGCGCAUUCCUGCCUCUGGAGCUUGGGCAAGUCACCCGCAAGCGCAUGGACAGCUUGGUCCAAAGCUAUAAUCGACGAUUACUCACGAUCUGGGAAGACUACCAAGCCGAGGUGCCCGACGAAGGAUUCGCCCUUGUGCUGGAUCCUGGAUUCACACAGAUCCGUCUGCGAGAAUGGCCGAUCGAAAUGCUCAGCAACGUCGACUGCUUCCAUCCGUCUGUGGCCGCCCAUGAGCUGAUGGCCGCCACCGUUUGGAACAACUUGUAUCGCAACUUUGCCAGCAAGCAGCGCCAUGCGGACCCGAGCGUUCCGAUGCCUAUAUUCUGCCCAGAAAACGAAAGCCGAAUCCAGACACGCUGAAUCCCUGUCGCUGUCGCCAGGAAGAGCCAGGAGGACAUGGAGGAAGAU